AUGCAAGACUCAUCCCGUCAGGUCACGUCUCAUAGAGUGGAUGUCAGCAAUGCCCAUGAUAUUGCAACCCUUUAUGAACAAAUUCAAUCGCUUCACGAGCAGUCUGGACCGGAUAUCCUGAUUUCAAACGCAGGCUACGGCAAACGGAUUUUAAACAUUGUCGACAUCCCGCUCGAAGAAUUUGAAAAGAUGAUACAAGUCAAUCUUUUGUCCUCCUUCCUGCUGUCUAAGCUCGCCGUCCCAUACAUGGUCUCUCAACAGUGGGGAAGAAUCAUCUUUAUGUCAUCGAUUGCCGGAAUCGGUGGCGGAAUAAAUGGUUGUCACUACGCUGCUAGCAAGGCUGGUCUCAGUGGCAUGAUGAAGAACUUGGCCACUAAACUGGCGCACGAUGGGGUCACGGUUAAUGAUGUGGCACCGGCGAUGAUUGGUGACACGGGAAUGAUCCCAGACGCUAAAUUUCUAGAAGGGACACCUGGAGAUGUCUCCAACAUUCCAGUGGGUCGGUUAGGUACCCCGCAGGAAUGCGCUAAUGUGGUAAUGAUGCUCUGCAAGACUGGCUAUAUGACUGGACAGAGUAUUCUGCUUGCUGGCGGUUUGAAAUGA